CGACGAGUGCAGCGACGAGGAGGAGGAAGUAGCCGGGAUGGCUGGCAAGGAGGAGGCUGAGCCGGGGAGGCCGCGCUCGGUGCGCCUCAACAGCCUCUUCAGCGAGGACGAGUUCAUCGAGGACUACUAUGAGGCACCGGUGGGCAGGCGCAGCAGCAGCUGCAGCGACGCCAGUGCCGGUUCCUCCCCGCAAGUCGCCGGCGCCGAGGCCGCAGCGCCCGCGGCCGCCGCGCCGCUCUCGCCCGUCAUCAAGGCCGGCUGGCUGGACAAGAACCCRCCGCAGGGGUCCUACAUCUACCAGAAGCGCUGGGUGAAGCUGGACGCCGACUACCUGCGGUAUUUUGACAGCGAGAAGGACGCCUACUCCAAGCGCUGCAUCCCGGUCUCCUGCAUCUCCCGCGUGGCCAGCGUCGGCGAGCAGAAGUUCGAGGUGGUCACCCACAACCGCAACUUCGUGUUCCGCGCCGAGAGCGACGCCGAGCGCAACGACUGGAUCCGGACGCUGCAGCAGGUCGCGGAGGAGCGGAAGGGCAAGGCCGCGGAGAGGACAUCCAUGGUCGCGACCGCCGACGGCGCCGUGGACUUGGUGGACAAGUGCGGCUUCCUGGAGUUGCGCGGCUUCAAGAACAAGCUCUUCGUGGCCGUGGCGGGGGACAGGGUCUUCCUCUACAAGAACUCGGAGGACUACCGGCUGGGCAUCGGCAUCACCUACAUCGAGAUGAACGUGGGCAACGUCAAGGAGGUGGAGCGCCGCGGCUUCGACCUCACGACGCCCUACCGCAUCUUCAGCUUCUGGGCCGACUCGGAGCCGGAGAAGGAGGAGUGGGUGGAGGCCAUGCGGCAAGCGGUGGCCGCGGCGCUCUCCACGGCCGAGGUGGCCGAGCGCGUGUGGGCGGCCGAGGCGAACCGCGCGUGCGCCGACUGCGGCGCGCCGCAGCCCGACUGGGCCUCCAUCAACCUCUGCGUCGUCAUCUGCAAGCGCUGCGCAGGAGAGCACCGGGGCCUGGGCCCCAGCGUGUCCAAGGUGCGCAGCCUCAAGAUGGACAGGAAGGUGUGGACCGAGGAGCUCAUUGAGCUCUUCCUGCGCGUGGGCAACGCCGCGGCCAACCGCUUCUGGGCCGCCAACGUGCCGCCCAGCGAGGCCAUCGGGCCGGCGAGCGGCUCCGAGGAGCGGCGCCGCUUCCUCGGCGCCAAGUAYCGCCAGGGCAAGUACCGCCGCUACCACCCGCUCUUCGGCAACCAGGAGGAGCUCGACAGGGCCCUGUGCGCYGCCGUCACCACGGGGGACCUGGCCGAGACGCAGGCGCUCGUGUUCUGCGGGGCGUCCGUGAGCUGCGCCACGGGGGACCCCGGCUGCCCCUCGCCCCUCGCCCUGGCGCGGCGCAGCGGGCAGCGCCUGCAGGUCGAGUUCCUCAUGCACAACCAGAGCUCGGAAACGCCGCGCCUGGAGGCGAGCGGCCGCGCCGAGCAGCUCUACACGGUGCCGCUGCCCUCCGUCGCCCACCACGGCUUCCUCUACAAGACGCCCUCCAUGGCCAAGCCGCCCGGCGAGCGCAAGAGCCUGGAAGAGUUCAGCCGCCGCUGGUGCACGCUGCAGGACGGCGCCUUCAGCUACUACGAGAGCGAGCGCAGCGCCGGCCCCAACGGCGAGAUCCGCGCCGAGGAGAUGGUCUGCGUGGCGCACAGCGCGCCCCGCGCGCACGGGCUGGAGAGCACCUUCGAGCUCUACACCGAGGCGGAGAGGCUCUACCUCUUCGGGCUGGAGCACCCCGAGGCCGUACGGGAAUGGGUCAAGUGUCUCGCCAAGAGCUUCGUGCCGCCGCACGCCGAGGAGCUGCUGAGCCGCGAGUUCGAGCGCGUCGGGCGCCUGCACUACAAGGGCGGCCUCAGCCUGGAGCGCGCCAAGGAGGGCUGGUUCGCCCUCGCCGGCUCCGUGCUGCACGUGUGCUCCGGCAGCGGCGAGCGCGAGGAGCCCCUCCAGCUGCGCAAGCUGCAGGAGCUCUCCAUCCAGGGAGACAACGAGGUGCUGGUGCUGGUGGAGAGACGGAGGACRCUCUACAUCCAGGGCGAGAGGAAGCUGGACUUCCUGGGCUGGGUGCAGGCCAUCCGCAGGGCGGCRGGCAGCGCCGGGGACACCCUGUCGGAGCAGCAGCUCACGGAGGCCGACGUCCCGCUCCUGGUGGACCGCUGCAUCGACUACAUCACGCAGUGCGGGCUCACCUCCGAGGGCAUCUACCGCAAGAGCGGGCAGAACUCCAAGACCACGGGGCUGCUGGAGAUGCUGCGCAAGGACGCCCGCAGCGUGCGCCUCAAGGAGGGCGAGCACCACGUGGACGACGUCUCCAACACCCUCAAGCGCUUCUUCCGCGAGCUCGGCGACGGGCUCUUCACCCAGCGCUGGAGCCAGGACUGGCUGCGGGCCACGGCGCUGGAGGACGAGGAGCAGAAGAUCGGCGAGUACCGGCGGCUUCUGGGCAACCUGCCCGCGGUGAACAGGGCCACGCUGAAGACCCUCAUCAACCACCUCUUCCGGGUGCAGCGCUUCUCCGGUGACAACCAGAUGAACACGCACAACCUGGCCAUCGUCUUCGGGCCCACGCUCUUCCAGACCGAUGGGAAGGACUACAAGGCGGGCCGCGUGGUGGAGGACCUCAUCAACCACUACGUGAAGAUCUUCAAUGUCAACGACCAGGAGAUGAAGAAGCARCAGGACGAGAUCACAGCCAUCAUGAAGAUGCGGGAGGCGGCAUCCAGCGGGACGCAGCAAGCCGGGGACUUCAUCUGCACCGUGUACCUGGAGGAGAAGAAGACCGAGGCCGAGCAGCACGUCAAGAUCCCGGCGACGAUGACGGCCGAGGAGCUGACCUUCGAGAUCCUGGAUCGCAGGAAAAUCCUCAUGAAGGACAAGGACUAUUGGAGCUGCUUUGAAGUGAACGAGAGGGAGGAGGCAGAGAGGCCCUUGCACUACUCGGAGAAAGUCCUGCCCAUUUUGCACGGCCUGGGGACAGAGAGCUACCUGGUGGUGAAGAAGCAGAUGUCCAUGGAGAACAUGCUCGUCUACUUGGCCAGCAGAGUUGGCGACUGCAAGCACGGCAUGAUGAAGUUUCGGGAGGAGAGGAACCUGCUGGGGCUCGGCGUCAGCACGGGCUUCCACGACCGCUACUUCAUCCUCAACCACAGCUGCCUGCGACUCUACAAGGAAGUGCGGAGCCACAAGCCGGAGAAGGAAUGGUCCAUCCAGAACCUGAAGAUCUACCUUGGCAUCAAGAAGAAGCUCCGGCCGCCCACGUGUUGGGGCUUUACUGUCUUCUAUGAAAACGAGAAGCACGAGAAGCAGCAGUGGUACCUGUGCUGCGACACGCAGGCGGAUCUGCGGGAAUGGUUCGCCACCUUCCUCCACGCGCAGCACGGCGGGGCCGUGUGGCCCUCGGAGAGCUCCAGGACGCGGGCGGCGCGGCCGCCGCAGGACUCCAGGUUGGGUAACAUCUCCCUCAUCCCGCUGCGCGGCAAUGAGAGCGAGAUGAGGAACAGCGUGGCCGCUUUCGCUACUGACCCGCUGACCCUCCUGCGAAACGUCUGAGCUGGAGGCCUGACCCUUCAGGACUGCCGCAGGCGGGGAAGUGCUCCCCGGGACCGGCCGCUUCCCGCUCCGCU